GUCCCGCCCCCUCAGGGAAGCUGCCACUUGGAGGUGGCUGGCCGGGAAGGGCCUGGUCAGCUGUGUCCGGCGGAGGCAGCUGCUGACCCAGCUGUGAACUGUACCAGAGGUGGAGGAAGCAUAGUGCAGGAGCUCUGAGCCCCCUCGGUGGGGGCUGCAUCAUGGAUCACCUUGGAAUGCCCCUCUGGCCUGGAGUCGGCUCCCUCUGUCUCUUGCUCACCGGGGCCGCCUUGGCUCCCCCUCCUAACUCCCCGGGCCCCAAGUUUGAAAGCAAAGCGGCCCUGCUGGCGGCCCACGGGCCCAAAGAGCUUCUGUGCUUCACCGAGCGGUUGGAGGACUUGGUGUGUUUCUGGGAGGAAGCGGCAAGCGCCGGGGUCAGCCCCGACAACUACAGCUUCUCCUACCAGCUGGAGGGUGAGCAGUGGAAGCGGUGCCGCCUGCACCAGGCGCCCGCAGCUCGCGGAGCGGUGCGCUUCUGGUGCUCGCUGCCUACGGCCGACACGUCGAGCUUCGUAUCCUUAGAGCUGCGUGUUACAGCUGCCUCAUCGGGUGCUCCACGCUACCGCCGUGUCAUACAGAUUAACGAAGUGGUGCUCCUGGACCCCCCUGCGGGGCUAGAAGCGCGGCGGGCUGACGAGGGCGGCCAUGUGCUACUACGCUGGCUCCCACCUCUUGGGGCCCCCAUGGCGAGCCUCAUCCGCUAUGAGGUGAACAUCUCCGCAGGGAGCGCCGCAGGGAGCCCGCAGAGGGUGGAGAUCCUUGAUGGCCGCACUGAGUGCGUGCUGAGCAAUCUGCGGCGCGGAACGCGUUACACUUUCAUGGUACGCGCACGUAUGGCAGAGCCGAGCUUUGAUGGCUUCUGGAGCGCUUGGUCGGAGCCCGCAUCGCUGCUGACAGCGAGUGAACUGGACCCGCUCAUCCUGACACUCUCCCUCAUCCUCGUGCUCAUCCUGCUGUUGCUGGUCGUGCUCGCUGUCCUCUCCCACCGCCGGGCUCUGAAACAGAAGAUCUGGCCUGGCAUCCCAAGCCCUGAGAGUGAGUUUAAGGGCCUUUUCACCACCCACAAGGGUAACUUUCAGCUGUGGCUGUAUCAGAACGAUGGCUGUCUGUGGUGGAGCCCCUACACCCCCUUUGCAGAGGCCCUACCCACCCCCCUAGAAGUCCUUUCUGAACGUUCCUGGGGGGUGACACAAGCAGUGGAGCCAGGAACAGAUGAUGAAGGGCCCCUGCUGGAGCCAGUGGGCAAUGAGCAUGCCCAGGACACCUACCUGGUACUAGACAAGUGGUUGCUGCCCCGGACUCCACCCAGUGAGGACUCCCCACGGCCUGGUGGUGGUUUGGACAUAGCAGCCAUGGAUGAAGGCUCAGAAGCAUCCUCCUGCUCAUCUGUGUUGGCCCUGAAGCCAGAGGGAGCCUCGGCUGCCAGCUUUGAGUACACCAUCCUGGACCCCAGCUCCCAGCUUUUGUGCCCAAGGGCACUGCCCCCUGAGCUGCCCCCCACCCCACCCCACCUAAAGUACCUGUACCUCAUGGUGUCAGACUCUGGCAUCUCAACUGACUACAGCUCAGGGGGUUCCCAGAGGGCCAAGGAGGGCUCAUCCAAUGGCCCCUAUUCCAACACUUAUGAGAAUAGCCUUGUCCCAGCCUCUGAGCCGUCACCUCCCAGCUUUGUGACCUGCUCCUAGGACUCUAGCCCUCAGAUGCUUGGGAACUCAGCAUGACCUCAAGUGCCAACAAUGGAUGGCCCAAGACCAAUCUGGCAGGGUCGGUGAGGCCUCACUCAGGACUAAGGGCAUUUCUGACCUUGGCUAUGUGCCUAAUCCAUCCACCUAUCCUACUCAGGAAGUCACAACCUUGCAGUAUUUUUAAAUGUAUAGUUUUUAUAUGUGUGUGUAUACACAUAUAUAUUGGUAUACAUAUUUAUACAUUUGUAUUUAUAUACAAAUGUGUGUGUGUGUGUGUAUAUAUAUAUAUAUAUAUUUACAAUACCUAUAUAUAUUGCUGCCCCUAUGGCUCAGGCCAUAGAGGGAGCAGUAUAAAAGGCUGUGAGCUCAGUCUGAAAUUCAGUACCUGGAAAUCUGAAUAAUAAUCAUAAUAAAAUGAAUUAGCCACUAUAAGUUACACUAGCUGCUAUAACAAACAACUUCUAAAUCUGAGUGGCUUAACACAAUUAGUAGUUUCUCUCAUAUCUCAAUUCAAACAAGUAGGCAGCUAUCCCUGAGAUGAGUCAGAAGCCCAGACUCUUCAUGUCUGUAGCUUUACCAUCCUCCAAGGUCACUCUGGGGUCUUUAAAUAUAUUUUUUUAUUGAGUUUAGAGAACAAGGAAGGGAGAGGGAAAGAGAGGCAGAAACAUCAAUGACAGAGAACAUCGAU